ACUAGUUUUUAGCAUUGCUCUGGCUGCGCUUCCACCGGAUCCGUCGCGCUCUUUGGUUCCCUCAGGUCCUCCUUCCUCGCACGCGCCGCCACCGGCUCCCCUGAAAGGCGAUUCAUAUUCAUAUUCCCGGGACGCUUUUAAUUCCUCCACACGCGCCCGGGACUGAGAAAUGAGUCACGAAGCCCUUUUGCUGUGGAUUUUCCUACAGUGCGCCGCCUCGCUCUCCACCUCCGCUGCGGGGGACGACGCGGUUCCUAAAGGUGCAGACCGCGGGUUGGAUGAACUGCCAACAGACGGCAGGGGUCUCCUUGGCAGCGUCAAGUACAACAUGAGGAAGAGUUUAGAUCUGGACCAGGAGGGCUGCUACCUGCAGCCCGGCAAGAAGGAAUGUCUGGAGGAGUGUGGCUUCAACGCCACAGCAAAGACCAUCUUUAUCAUCCACGGCUGGACGAUGAGUGGGAUGUUCGAAAGCUGGAUGCACAAGCUGGUCUCGGCCUUGAUGCAGCGCGAAACGGACGCCAACGUGGUGGUUGUUGAUUGGAUAGCAAUGGCUCAGCAGCUGUACCCAGACGCAGUCAACCACACCCACGACGUUGGCCUCGACAUUGCCGGAAUGCUCAACUGGCUUCAGGACGAGCAGCAGCUGCCUCUGGACAACGUGCACCUGAUCGGCUACAGUUUGGGCGCCCACGUCGCAGGCUACGCCGGUACAUUUGUGCGAGGGAGCAUUGGCAGAAUCACCGGUCUCGACCCAGCAGGACCAAUGUUCGAGGGGGUUGAAGAAGCGAAGCGCCUCUCCCCCGAUGACGCUGACUUUGUGGAUGUUCUGCACACGUACACCCGCGAGGCUUUGGGCGUGAGCAUCGGCAUCCAGCAGCCCAUCGGGGACAUUGACAUCUACCCCAACGGCGGCGACGUGCAGCCAGGCUGUGCGCUGGGAGAUGUGCUGGCAGUGGCUGGAAAUUUCAUGGCGGUGAUGAAGUGCGAGCACGAGCGUGCCGUGCACCUGUUUGUAGACUCCUUGAUGAACAAGGACCACAUGAGCUUCGCCUACCAGUGCACCGGACCCGAGCGCUUCAAGAAGGGCAUCUGCCUCAGCUGCCGCAAGAACCGCUGCAACAACAUCGGCUACAACACCCGGAAGAUGCGCAAGAGGCGCAACACUAAGAUGUACCUGAAGACGCGUGCCGACAUGCCCUUCGGAGGCUACCACUACCAGAUGAAGAUGCACGUGUUCAACAGAAAACAGGCUGACAACGCAGAUCCAACCUUCCACGUCAAGUUGUACGGAGCCCAUAACGAUACGGAGAACAUGUCUGUGGAAGUCCCUGAUGAGACCAUCGGCCUGAACCUGACCAACACCUUCUUGGUGUUCACUGAGAAGGAUAUUGGUGACCUGCUGAAGAUCCGUCUGAGCUGGGAAGGCGAUUCUGAAACCUGGAACUCCGUGUGGAAGACCAUCAAGAAGAAUUGGUGGGCCUGGAACACCAAGCCCACCAAACCUGUGCUGGCAGUCCGGCGGAUUCGCGUGAAGGCCGGGGAAACGCAGAAGAAGUUUACAUUCUGUGCCCAAGAUCCGGCAACAACUGAAAUUUCCCCGGGAGACUCCCUAACGUUUGUGAAAUGUCGUGAUGGGUGGGAAGUGAAGCCACGAAAACGGUUGCCCAUGUAACCACUCUGCACUUCCAACAACCAAUGCACCAUCACCACGGGGAGCCAACAAGGAUCGCGAGAAGCAUCGCCUUCUCUAUGAGCACUUUGUUUUCGUAGAAGGAUUGAACAGCACACGGUGAUGGAGGGGGGGUGGGGGCUCGAUUGGACUCUUGGCUGCACCUGGAAGGUUUCUAGAGACGAGGACUCGUCCGCGGGAAGUACAAUGUGCAGGAUGUAAAGCAAGGGGCUGUCCUGGGACGUGUUAAGGUGGCCCGAGGAGUUGCAGAAGGUUUCUUGUGUGGACUAUUGACGUAGAAUACAGAUGUGUGCCGGUGGACCUGCGCCAGCAAUGCAGUCACUGUACAUUUUAAAUCAUUUUUAUUUAUGAGGAAAAUGGAAGCACUGCAAGACCAACGUUAUUUAUCAAUGCACAUCUCUUAAUGAAGCAUAUGUUGAAUGCAUUUCUCCUCGAUGCAGUAUUUUUGUGUGUGUGUGAACUGAGUGUUUCUAUGUUGUGAGUGUUUGUCUGUGACCAAGAAGUGUGCCUUUCUGCUGGGAGAUUACCGAUGCUCUUAGAAGUGGCCGACACCUGAUCUUAUUGCACACAACCUUCUCUGAAGUUUUUGCGUAGUGUUAAUGUUGCAGUUUGUGGGAAGGGUGUACAUAAUGUAAAUAACUUUUCUUUUGGAAAAAUAAACACUUAUUUGUAAGAAA